GACUUACUAUAAUCCCCUGUUUUUCUAGGGCUCGCGCGAUCGAUCGAAUGUGAGGUGGAUGCGAUCGCGGCUCAACGAUCUCGCCGCGCGCAUUCGCCACUGCCGCGUCUUGGAGGAGGGCCAGGCAUUGCACCGCGAGAUUCUCGCUUCUAGCGGCGCCAUCGAUUCCACUUACUUGGCAAAUCUCCUGAUAGCGAUGUAUGCCAAGCUCUCUAGCAUCGGCGACGCCAAGCGCGUCUUCGAUGGGAUCCAAGAGAAGAACGUCUUCUCAUUUACGAUGAUCGUCACAGGCUUUGCCCAAAACGGGCAUUACAGUGAGGCGAUAGAGCACUACUGGAGAAUGCUACACGACGGUGGCGCUCUCCCGGACGCUUUCAUCGUGAGCUCCGUGCUAAGCUCGUGUUCUUCGCUGGGGUCUCUCGUGGAAGGAAGAAGGAUCUACGAGGCUAUAGCGGAGGAUUCGCGGCUUUCACAGGAUACCGUGGUGAGGAACUCUUUGGUGACGCUGUAUGGAAAGUGUGGGAGCUUGGAGGAGGCAGCGAAGAUCUUUCACAGCACUCCAACGCCGGAUGUUGUGACUUGGAACGCGAUUCUUUCGGCUUGCUCGCAGCAAAAGAAUGGUCGCGAGGCACUAAAGUUUGUUCGAGCGAUGCAGCAGCGAGGAGUGAGGCCUCAAGCCGCGACUCUUACGUGCGUUUUGGAUGCUUGCUCCAGCCAAGGUGAGUGCCAAGAAGGUGAGAGAGUUUACGAGAGUGCUGUAGCUUCUGGUUUUGUAGAGUGUGAUCUUCUGCUUGGAAACUCGCUUAUAACGCUGUAUGGGAAAUGCAGGAGGCUGGAGGAUGCGAGGAGGAUUUUGGAUUGGAUGCCUUUCAAGGACGUUGUCUCGUGGACGAUCAUGGCUGCUGCGUAUGCUCAAAAUGGCCGGUUUUUGGAGGGUCUCAAGCUGCUAGAGGUGAUGGACUUUGAAGGUUUUGAGCCGGAUGCUGUGACUUUUGUGAGCGUUUUGGAUUGCUGUGCGAAUUUACAGGACUUAGUCCGUGGGAGGCUUAUACACCAGCGUAUCGAAGCUUGUGGUUUGGAGCUCAGCGUGACCGACUGCCUUGUCAACAUGUAUGGGAAGUGUGGAAGUUUGGAGGAAGGAAAGAUGGUUUUUGAUAGAACAGCCGGGAAGAAUGCGACAGUAGGUUUGUGGAACAGCAUCGUAGGAUCGUAUGCCCGGCUCGGGCAUGGUCAUCAGGCACUGCAGCUGUUUAGAGAAAUGGACUUGGAGGGAAUGAAGCCGGAUAAGUUGAGCUUCUACGCGGCUUUUGAGGCGUGUGUAUCCAUCCGAGGCUUGAAAGAAGCAAGAGCACUCGACAGGAGCAGCGGAAUCGAGGGUGAUAUUGGUUUUGAAUCCGCAGUUAUCAAUCUCUAUAGCAGAGUUGGAAGCUAUGAGGAUGCGAUGGCGAAGUUUGAGAAUAUGUCUCAAAGGGACGUGGUUUCGUGGAACGGGAUUAUAGCAGCUUUCAAUCAACAGUUUCGUCCUGCAAAUUCGAUAGUUAUGUUUCGAAAGAUGGAGCUGGAAGGACUUAGAGGCGACAGAUCAACUUUCACGAGUGUUAUCGAGGCCUGUGCGUGUUUACCGGAUCUAACUCUCGGUCAGCUGCUUCAUUACAGAAUGAUCACUCUGGGAUGCGAGCUAGACACUGUUCUCGGCACCAAUCUCAUCAACAUGUAUUCCAGGUGUGAAGUUCCUGACAAGGCAAUCGAAGUUUUCGACGCCAUGCACGACAAGUCAGUGGUUGUCUGGACCGCGAUGAUCGCAGCUCAUUCUCAGCAGGGACAGGGACUGGAAGCUCUUGAGCUCUUCAAAAGAAUGGACAUAGAAGGAGUGAGAGCUGACAAGGUAGCGUUUUCACUCGUUCUCGACGUUUGUGCUAACUUGGCCGCGCUAGCUCAAGCCAGGAUUCUUCAUGCCACUGUUGCCGGGACGGAGCUCGAGCAGGACAUGGUUGUGAAGAACACGCUAGUAAACAUGUAUGGGAAGUGUGGGAAGCUGAACGAAGCAAGGCAGGUCUUUGAGAAGAUGGCUUCCAAGGACAUGGUUUCGUGGACUUCGAUCAUAGCAGCGUAUGCUCAACAGGGAAGUGCCAGUGCUGCUUUCGAGCUCUUCCACGCGAUGCAGCAGGCCGGAGAGGCCAUCGACACCGUGAUCUUCGUCAAAGUUAUGAGCGGAUGCAACCAUGCCGGGCUGCUCAAGGAUGCUCGCAACUGGUUCGUCUCAAUGCUCCAAGACUAUGGCCUCUCUCCAGUGAACGAGAACUACGCUUGCAUUCUCGACUUGCUGGGGAGGCUGGGACAGCUCCAGGACGUGGAGGACUUGCUAGAAAACAUGACGCUGGAGCCGGACUUUAUCGCUUGGAUGAGUUUUCUCAACGCUUGCAAAGUCCACAAGGAUAUGAAACGGGGUGUCCGAGCAGCUCAGCGGCUUGUCCAGCUAAACCGGAGGAACUCCGCUUCGUACGUGCUACUUUCGGACAUCCACGCAGUGUGUGGGAAGUUUGAUGCCGCCGCGAAGCUGAGGAGACGGAUUGGUCGUGACUGCGGGAAGAAAGUCCCCGGUUUGAGCUGGAUCGAGAUCAAGGACAAGGUCCAUAAGUUUGCUUCCGGAAGCAGGACUCAUCCUCGAAACGACGAGAUCUUCGCAGAGCUGCAGAGACUCGGGGUGCUGAUGAGAGAGGCCGGCUAUGUUCCAGACACGGAGGUGGUGUUGAUGGACGUGGAAGAGGAGGAGAAAGAGCAAGUUCUUUGCUAUCAUAGCGAGAAGCAAGCUAUGGCUUUUGGCUUGAUAUCGACACCGAGUGGAACUCCUCUCCGGGUGGUGAAAAAUCUCCGGGUUUGCACCGAUUGUCACACGGCUACCAAGUUCAUCUCCAAGAUCACAGGGAGGCAAAUCACAGUGAGAGACGCCAACCGGUUUCACGAGUUCAAAGACGGGUUUUGCUCAUGCAAGGACUACUGGUAGUGAAAGAGCUCCUCGAGAAGCUACUUAUGCCACUUACAAGGACACUUGUCGUGCUUGGAGCUCGAGCGCGAAAGCUUGGAGUUUAGAGGUUUUGAUUGUCCAUGGAAAAGUCACUCCCAGACGCUCAGAAGAAUGCCUCGCCAGUAGCGCCAGAGGCGAAGGAUUGCCGCAAAGAAAAGAAAGAUGUGGAUCCAGCCAAGGACGAGCCCAAGAGCUACACGGUCGUCUCGCAUCAAGGUAAUGCUGACACUAGCAGCACGAACUCUCCCAGUGAUAUCCUCGUCUUCCAACGUACCGUCGCGAAGACUGACUCUUCUCUCGAGUAGCGAAAGCUCACAUCAAUUGGUGAGAAGAAAAAAAUUCGAUCUUUGAGUGAUCGAUCGAUGGUAUCGUGAAGUUUUCUAGCUUGGUUGGAAGAAGAAUGUGUGAUCCAUCAUGGAUUCUUCUCGAGAGUAGCAAAAGCUCACAUUGGUGUCCUCUCUGAUAGCUCCUUGGUUAGCUUGUGCUGGUAUUUGCAGCUACAAUGGUAAAAAUGUAGAGGAAAAGAGUUUGAGCGUGA